AUGACGGAUGGCACAAUUGGUCUAUAUUUGAAAAUGUCAGCUCCAGGUGAAAAGAGAAAAGUUUCCAGAAAGAAGAAGGAUCCAGAUGCUCCAAAGAGAUCUUUGUCUGCUUACAUGUUUUUCGCUAACGAAAACAGAGACAUUGUGAGAGCAGAAAACCCAGGUAUCUCAUUUGGUCAAGUUGGUAAGGCUCUUGAAAAAAAUAAGACACAAAAUCAAAAAUUGCAACAACAGCCUGCACCUGUACCUCAACAACCAUCUUCAAUUCCAACACAACCGCAACAAUUGCCACCCCAAUUCCAUCCUCAAGGUCAACUUCCCCCUCAACAACAACAACAGUAUCAGCCGGUGCCACCACAAUACCAGUACCCUUACCAGUAUCAGUACCAAAACCCAUCAUCUCUCGCAUCUCACCCCCAACAACCACCAAAUCCUGCCAAUGCGCAAUAUCAACAGAAUCCUAACCAAUAUGCUCAACAGCCGCAACAACAACAACAACAACAAAACCCGAACCCAGCUGGUCAACAACCACAACAACAACAGAAUCCAAAUGAAUACUAUGAUUACUCAUUUCAAAAGGAGUAUUGGAUGCAAUAG